AUGCCAGGAAGACCCAAGAAGUAUCAGAGGAAGAUGGGAAAAGAUGAGGACAAUGGAAAACAUGUUACUGAACAAGUGCAAGAUGCAACACCUAAUCAGGUGAGACUAAGCAAGAAAGGUGUGACAAUGAGAUGUUCAAUUUGCAAACAACCAAACCACAAUUCAAGGGGUUGCCACAAAAAUACAAGGACUGAUGUGCCUGCUCCAAUUCAAAAAGAACCAAUAGCAAAGAAGAGAAUGAGAAAGAGUCCUAGCAAAUCCAUUGUUGAAGAGAAUGAUUUUCAGAGGAUAAGAAAGAGUCCUAGACUAAAGGAGAAAGCCCAGAUAGUUGAAGGAGUCUCAGAGAAAAGGCCACAAAAGGAGAAAGGCUUCAAAGCUGGAGUGCCAACAAAGAAAGACAAUGAAGUUGGAAAAUCAUCACAAGAUCCAGGAAAGGGAAAAAGAAAAGAAACAAUCAUUGUUGAAAAUGAGGGUGUGAAAACUAAGCUGCCAGUGAAGAGGAGUUUGAGGCUUCAAGCACAAAUGACUAAUGUUACAGAUAAUAGAGACAUGGACUAA